GGAGAAGAAGAAAAACCUUUCACUUGAUACUUCAAAACUGACGUUGCAUAACUUAUUAACCAAAAAAUUGAAGAUAAAUAAUAAUUUUGCUAUAAAUUAUUAACCAGAGUUGAUUAUUAUUGCAUGUAAUGAUAUUUUAAUUUGUAAUAUUGAGGGAACAUGGCAGGAUCAGCCUUAAGACGUCUUAUGGCCGAAUAUAAACAGUUAACAUUGAAUCCUCCAGAGGGUAUUAUAGCAGGUCCCAUUAACGAAGAGAAUUUUUUUGAAUGGGAAGCUCUAAUCACUGGGCCAGAAGGGACAUGUUUCGAAGGUGGAGUUUUUCCUGCUAAACUUAUUUUUCCAUCUGAUUAUCCAUUGAGUCCUCCAAAAAUGCAAUUUACAUGUGAAAUGUUCCAUCCCAAUAUUUACUCUGAUGGUAGAGUAUGUAUUUCAAUAUUACAUGCCCCUGGUGAUGACCCCAUGGGUUAUGAGUCUAGUGCUGAAAGAUGGUCACCAGUUCAAAGUGUAGAAAAAAUACUCUUGUCAGUUGUUAGUAUGCUUGCAGAACCUAAUGAUGAGAGUGGAGCUAAUGUCGAUGCUGCAAAAAUGUGGAGAGAAAAUAGGGAAGAAUUCAAUAGAAUAGCAGAAAAUCUUGUUAGAAGAACAUUGGGCAUUUCAACUUAACAUAACUGAAGAAAGAUUAUUUUAUAUAAAGUGGAGUAGAUAAUAGUCUUCUAUUUGGGCUUUUUAUUCCUGCAAACGGGUCAGCUCUAACUGAUGUAUUACCAAAUCUUUGCAAUAAGAACAGAAUGAAGUGGUUUUAAGCAAUUUGAAUUCUAUUAUUUGAACCUACAUGUAUAAUCUAUCAUCUAAUCAACUCAAUCUGAGGUGAAAUUGAUUUGCAUAAAAAUUUAAAUAGUCGAGACCUAGUAUCUUAUAACAUGUCAGGACAAAAUAUUAAUGGGUUUGAGAUUAUUGAAUAAGCUUCACAAAACAUUUCAUUUUCAUUCUUAAAAUUUCAAAUGGUAAAGAAUACAAAAAUUAAAUAAAUAAAUUUUCAUUAUUUCCAAAAUCAAUGUUUCCUCUGAAAAUUAGUAUGAUAAAUUGAAUUCUUUCUCAAUAAUGGAUUUUAAUAUAGUUUUUGGAGAAGUAAAAAACACAUAAAAAUCAAAACUUUGCAUUUAGAUAUAUCUAAAUUUCAUUUCAAGGAUGGAGUUAUUAAUGGCAACACAUGCGAAUUUACUAUGGGAAUAACGUUUUUUUAAAUUUUUUUUUUGGGAAUAUUGAGUUUUUCACAUUAGUUGAUUAUUGAGAUAGCUAAAUGGCUAUGGGAAUGAGGCGUUUUUAAUGAGAAAUAUUGAGUUAUUCGGAUGAGGAUAGUAUUGAAAUAGCUUAAUAUGACUAUGGGAAUAACGCGCUUUUAAUUUUUUUUUUUUUAAUGUUGAGAUAUUCAGAUGAGAAUAGUAUUGAAAUAGCUAAAUGAACACAUUUAGGAACUGUAUGGUACAGAUUUUCAUUCAUCUAAAAUUUCUUUCAGAAAAAGAUUAAUUCCAUUGAGUAUCUGAAAGAAAAUAUUUUUUUCUAUUCCAGAGUUUUUUUAUAGUCCAGUAUAUGAAUAAUAUUAUAUUUUAUAAUUGAAUUUAUAUUUGAUAUAAUGUAGCAAAAAGAGUAACUGAACUUCAGGGAAUUCAAACUUUGUGACAAAUAUAAAAAAAACAAAAGAAAAUUUAUGGCAUUUUUUAAAUUUUAUAUUUAUGUUGUCUUCAGAAAAAAUUACCCAAAUAUUUUUGAGAAAUAGACUGAGGAAAUAGUGAGUGUUAUUGGGGAUAAAAGUGCUUUAUUUGUCCUAUCAAAGGACAAUUCAGCCUUACGUUCCAAAAGUAUACAUCUUCCUUCACUCUAACGUUUUAAAAAAGUACUGUAAAUUAUAUGCAAGGGUUUAUUAUAUUACCUUUUACCAUCAAAUAUGCAGGCACAUAUGAAAAAAAAAACAUAUCAUGAAUAUCAAUAUAAAAAAAUUAUGAUUAACAUCUGACGGAGAGAUUCAAAUCAGGGCUUUGAAAUUCAAAUAACAUGGUCAAAAAUUCAUAACUCCAGAUCUAUAAAGGGUAGGAAUUUGCUAUAUAGUAUUCAUUAUUAUUGUAGUAACACAUGUUCUCAAUAUCAUAAUUGUAUGGCUCCUUUCUUCAAAACUUUGGUUGGAUUGACAUAAUAUCCUCUGCUUUGAAGUUAUUACUACAUAUUACGGCUGUGGCAGAAGAUUGUUGUCUUCACUCCGUACUGCAAUCACCCAUUUCAUUCAAUUCCACGAGAACCUGUUAAAAUAUUCAAUAAAAUAAACAAUAAAUCA